CGAGCCCACAUCCCUUAUGAAAAUGUCUCUGGCGCUGACUGCUUGGCGAGCCUUUCUCCCCCCUGCAAGGUGGCUUCCCCCUGCCUAUUCCUGCCUUUCCCCGUUCCCACCAAAGAAAAAAAAGGAGCCCAGCGUUGUUCGUGUUACCAUUCACCACAUCACCUUCUCGGCAAGAUCCCCGCCUAGUGUAAAAGUAGUAGUAGACACCGAGCAGUAUAUAGAAAUGUAAUCCCCCGCUCCCUCUCUCCCUACGAUCCCUUUCCAUCUGCCUGUGGUCUUUUUCUGACCCUGACACUCGUUUUAUUUUUUGCCCUGUCUCUUGCCGUGUUGGCGUCCUGUCACGGAUCGCCACGCCAAGUCUUCACCAUGAAGGCCUCACCGGCAAGGACGUUGUUUUCGUCCCUCGUCCUGUCUUCGUUUCCCCUUGCGUUUGCCCAGCUCGCCGUGCCCACGGAGCUGCCAGAUGGCUGGGCGUACGAAGGGUGCUAUGUCGACGUUCCUGGGAGGACGAUAAAUGAGGCUACUUAUGCCGACGGUGCGGCCAUGACAAAUGAGGCCUGUAUCAACUUUUGCGCGUCGCGAGGUUUUUCGUAUGCCGGAACCGAGUACUCAGUAGAAUGCUUCUGCGGGAACAGCCUCGCGGCAGGCGCCGACAAGGUCGCCGACUCGGUUUGCAACAUGGCCUGCUCAGGAGCCCCCAAUGAGCCUUGCGGUGCCGGCAGCAGGCUCACGCUUUUCCACACGGACGCCGUUCUCGGGCCGCAACCGAAGCCUAAUUCCAACGACUACGUCCACAUGGGGUGCUACGCUGAAGGCACAACGGGCCGGGCACUCACAUACGGCGUGGGCAGCAUCCCCAGCGCCGAGAUGACGGUUGAUAAGUGCACGGCGGCCUGCCGCGCGGCGAAUUAUAUCCUUGCUGGUGUUGAGUUCGGCGGUGAAUGCUUCUGCGGCAAUACCAUCUCCAACGGAGGCGCUCCGGCGAGCAGUGGGUGCAACAUGGCUUGCAACGGCGACAGCAGCGAGAUCUGUGGCGGCCCCAGCCGGCUUAAUGUUUACAACUACCAGAACCAGUACGACCCAGGCGCGACAUCUACGACUACUAGUGCCACAGCUGACCCCACCGUCACCGCUACCGCUGACGGCCCGUCUCAACCCACGGCCGUGGGCAACUACGUCUGGAAUGGAUGCCGAACCGAGGCCACUGGCAUGCGCGCCCUGAGUGCCGCCACGUUCGCGUCGGAUGACAUGACGCUCGAGGCUUGCCAGGUCUACUGCUCAGCCUACACCUACUUCGGCGUCGAGUAUGCGCGCGAGUGCUACUGCGGCAACAGCUUCAACGCCGGCUCCGUGCCUGCGCCGGCUGCGGACUGCAGCAUGACCUGCUCGGGCGACGAAACCCAGUACUGCGGGGCUGGCAACCGCCUGUCCGUCUAUGCAAAGAACGGCACCGCGCAGGAGACCUCAACAACCACUGCCCCCGGCACCUCGACCACCUCGGCGGCUCCCGUCGUCACUGGCGUUCCCGAGGGGUGGACCUACCAAGGCUGCUGGAUCGACGGAAAGCAGGGCCGUAUUCUCCCGCACCAGAUCCCCGACAGCCAGCAAAACAGCCCCGCGACCUGUGCCAACGCGUGCGCGGCUGCCGGCUACAGCAUCUCGGGAACCGAGUACGGCGUGCAAUGCUUUUGCGGCAAUGCCAUCUACAAUGGCGGCGAAAAGACGGCCGACUCGGACUGCAGCUUCAACUGCCCUGGUGACGCCACACAGAAGUGCGGUGCUGGUGACCGGCUGAGCAUCGUGUCCAACGGCACCCCCAAGGCGUAUGCUCCUCCGGCGCCCCAGACCGAGGGCCUCGAAGGCGACUGGACCUACCAGGGCUGCGUUGAGGACAACCUCAACGACAAGCGCACCUUCUACUGGCAGCUCUUCUUCCCCGGCACCAUGACGCCAAAUAUGUGCCUCAACCGGUGCGCUCAGUUCGGCUACAUGGCCGCCGGUCUCGAGUAUGGCGAGGAGUGCUACUGCGGCGACCCGGCCAACAUUGCCACGGCCGGCGCCACCUUCCGCCCCGAGUCUGAGUGCGGCAUCACCUGCGCCGGCAACGCCACGGCCAUCUGCGGCGGUCUCAGCCGCUUGACAACCUACUUCUGGACGGGCACCCCACUCUACUCGUGGGAUUUCCCCCAGGACUACCGCGCCGGCCAGUACCAGUACCUACUCAGCGGUCCGACCAUCCCCCUCAUCACCCAGGAGACGAUUACUGGCAAGGUCUCGUUCAUCUCCAAGUACGGAACCGGCCCUGGCAAUGAGACGGGCGCCUACGAGCUGGACCCUGCCACCAACACGUUCCGUGAGCUCCAUGUCAAGACCGACGUCUUCUGCGCUGCUGGCGUGACGUUGCCCGACAAGGCUGGCCGCCAGCUGAACGUUGGCGGUUGGUCCGGGGACUCCACGUACGGCACGCGCAUCUACUGGCCCGAGCACGACUGGGAGGAGAACGUCAAGGUGCUCAGCCUCCAGGCCGGCCGUUGGUACCCGACGGCCAUGGUCAUGGCCAACGGCUCCGUCAUGGUCGUGGGCGGCCUGAUUGGCUCCAACGACAAGGCCGUCCCGUCCAUCGAGAUCCUGCCCUACACGGGCCAGGCGCCGCUCUACAUGGACUGGCUCGACCGCACCCACCCCAACAACCUGUACCCGUUCCUGUGCGUCCUUCCCGGCGGCGGCAUCUUUGUGCAGUACUGGAACGAGGCUCGCAUCCUUGACCCAGUCACCUUCGCCACCAUCAAGACGCUCCCCAACACGCCCGGCGCCGUCAACGACGACAAGGGUGGCCGCACGUACCCGCUCGAGGGCACCGCCGUGCUCCUCCCGCAAAAGUACCCCUACAGCGACCCUCUCGGCGUGCUGAUCUGCGGCGGCUCCACCGAAGGCCCCGGCAACGCCAUUGACAACUGCGUGUCCAUCUACCCAGAGGCGGCCAACCCAGAAUGGAAGAUUGAGCGCAUGCCCUCGUUCCGCGUCAUGAGCUGCAUGGCCCCUCUGCCGGACGGCACCUACCUGAUCGCCAACGGCGCGCAGCACGGCGUGGCCGGGUUCGGGCUCGGCACCCAACCCAACCUCAACGCGCUGCUGUACGACCCCAACAAGCCUCUCGGCUCGCGCAUCACCGUCAUGGCCAACACCACCAUCGCCCGCAUGUACCACAGCGAGGCUAUCACCCUGUUGGACGGCCGCGUGCUCAUCUCGGGCUCGAACCCGGAGGACGGCAAGAACCCGGAGGAGUACCGCGUCGAGGUGUUCCUGCCCCCUUACCUCCUCAGCGGCAAGCCCCGCCCGACCUUCAGCAUCACCAACAAGGACUGGGCGCACGGCCAGACGGGCAUCCCGUUCACGCUGGGCGCGCCCGCCCAAAACGGCGAGAUUACCGUGACCCUGUUGGGCUCCGUGUCGAGCACGCACGGCAACUCGAUGGGCGCCCGCACCCUCAUGCCCCGCGUCCAGUGCACGGGCACCUCCUGCACCGUCGACGCCCCCACCACGGCCAACAUUGCUCCCCCGGGGUGGUACCAGAUGUUUGUGCUCGACGGCGGCAUCCCCGCUGUCGGCACCUACGUCCGCAUCGGCGGUGACCCGGCGAAGCUGGGCAACUGGCCGCAGGCUGCUGGCUUCUCGGUGCCGGGCGUCUAAUGGAUUUGGGUUAUAUAAAGUGAAGGUGGCAUUUGGAUUAUGGCUCAUGUCCUUUUUUUACUCUUGUUGGAUACUAGUCGUCCCGCCUGCACCUUUUGACCUGGCUCGGGGUCCUCCGAGUUGGCAAGCCCUUAAUGUCAAUUUAUUAACAUAUUUCAAUACAUACACCUUAAUUUCCUUUUUGACAUGAACUCAUGCCGUUUCCCUUGUCUCUCGUCGUGGGUCCUGUGAUUGCCAUCUCAACCCGGGCAUAAACUGAUAAGAAGAGUGCAUCAUGGUGCAUAGAGACACGAUGGACCAUCU